UUGACGGUAUUGAGACUGCGCAAUAGCAUCAUGGGGAGCUAACGUCAGUCGAGGCUCACAUUAAUGUCGGUUUGUUUUAUAGUUUGUUAAAUCCUCCCGCUGUUCGGUUGUGCCCGGAAUAAUCAGCCGUUUUUAGGGAGCCAUGAGGCGGAGUAAGGUUGAAGUGGACCGGUACGUCUCCUCCGUGCAGAGCUCCUCUCCUUCACUCAAAGAGAAGCCAGUCAAAGGGUUUUUAUUCGCUAAAUUAUACUUUGAAGCAAAGGAGUAUGAACUUGCAAAAAGACACGUGUCGGAGUAUCUGAAAGUCCAGGAGAGAGAUCCCAAAGCACACAAAUUCCUUGGACAGCUCUACGAGAGAGAGGGAGACCUCAACAAGGCGAUAGGAUGUUACAAGCGUUCGGUGGAUUUGAACCCAGCCCAGAGGGACCUGGUACUGAAGGUGGCUGAGUUACUGGUCAGUAAGGAGGAAUGUGACAGCAGAGCAGAGUUUUGGGUGGAGAAAGCUGCCAAGCUCCUGCCAGGAAACCCUGCAAUCUUCAACCUGAAGGAGCGUUUGUUGAGUCGUCAGGGUCAGCAGGGUUGGAACCGGUUGUUCGACCUCCUCCAGGCCGAGCUGGCAGCGAGGCCAGCUGACGCUCAUGUGAAUUUGAAGUUGGUUCAGCUGUUCUGUCAGGACGGGCGGCUAGAGGAAGCCGUUAAGCACUGCCUGGCUGCUGAGAAAAGGGGUGUGCUGAACCACAGUCUGGACUGGUACACCAUCGUGCUGCGCACACUGCAGGAGUAUCUUGCUCAGCCCAGCGUCUCUAGUAAUGAGAAGAUGUGUCGACGUCUCCAGAGGGAGCUCCUGUUGGCCCACUGCAGCCUGCUGAGAAUCACACUGUCUCAGAGCAGCGUGCAGCCCAGCCUCGAUGCCCUCAGAGGUUUUGAUGAAGCUAUGCAGACGCUGAGCAGCGUUGCUGCUCGCCACAUGGACGAUCUUUGGGAGGUGUUUGUGGAGAUGAGAGGUCACCUCUACAUGCAUGCUGCCACACUGCUGUUGAAGCUGGCUCAGGAUCGCCAACAGACCUGGAGGGCUGUCAUUGACCUGGCUGCACUAUGCUACCUGUUGGCUUACCAGGUUCCCAGACCAAAGCCUAAAGUGACCAAAAGAGACCAGUCAGCCCCACAGCCACUGGAGCUGCUGGCCAACAGCCGACAGAGUCAGGCCGGCCACAUGUUGCUAAACCUGAGCACGGAUUCAUCCACCUUGAUCAGAGAGGUGGUGGAGGCGUUUGGGAACCGUAGUGGUCAGGACUCUCUGUUUGAACUCCUGUUCGGACCACAGGCCUCUGCUGCAUCGUCCUUUAUUGCAAAUGAUGACAUUCAUUCUGUUAACACCACGGCUCCAGAGCUCUCUCAACUGGCCAAAUGGGACGCAGGCUCCAUCUUGCUGCAUGGUGGUAACUUGCAACAUCUGAGCUGGCUGGGGCUUCAGUGGACCCUUCUGGCCCAAAGACCGGCCCUGCGAGACUGGCUACAGCAGCUCUUCCCUAGACUUACUCUGGAAACCUCCAAACUGGACACAAACACACCGGAGUCAAUCUGCCUGCUGGACCUGGAGGUGUUUUUAUACGGCGUGGUGUUCUGCAGCCACUGUCAGCUCCAGGAGACAGCGAAGCUCAGCAGCGGAGUGAACCAGCAGCAACAACAGCAGCUGUAUGAACCACGCUGCCUCCCUCUUCCCCUCAUUCGCCUCUUGACCACCGACAGACAGAGGGAGUGGUGGGACGCCGUCUACAGCCUCAUUCACAAACAAGCAGCUCCUGGUACUUCAGCCAAACUUCGGAUGAUUGUGCAGCACGGACUGAGCACGCUCAGGGCUGGAGAGAAGAAUGGGCUCCAACCAGCACUGGCCAUCCACUGGGCUCAGUGUCUCAGCCAGACGGGUGAUGGAGUGAACUCGUACUACGACCAGAAGGAAUACAUCAGCCGCAGUGUCCACUACUGGAAAGUUGUACGUCCUCUGUUGGACAAGAUCAAAAACAGACGCAGUAUACCAGAACCACUUGAGCCCCUCUUCAUGCACUUUCAAUCCAAGGAUAUUCAGAUUUCUUCUGUUAGGGGAUACGAAGACGAAGCAAACAUAGCGUAUGCGGCUCUCCUUGACAUUGAGGGCAAGACAGAGGAGGCUAUCGCUACGUUGGAAACCAUCAAUAACAUGUCAUCCAUCUGGCAUUUGGCACAGAUCUACCAGCGGCUAUCAGAGGAGGCCAGCAACGGGGUUGAGGAGACCCAAGAUAGAUGCAUAACAUUUCUGAGAAAAUUCAGGACGUAUUUGUCAAAGAUCUAUAAUGCUAAUGCAGAUGACAUCGAGAAGCUGCCUGUUUCUAUGGAGGACAUUGUGGACCUUCUGAAUGAUGUGAACCAGCAGCUGGGAGAGAGUGGUGAGGCCAUGGAUGAAGAAGAAGAGAAGGAGGAACCGGGCCGAAGAGGACCAGCCCACUCCAGCCCUGCUCAUCCCACAGAAACCUCUGCCACCAUAUCCCACAUCAAGUUUUCCACUCCCUCCCCGAACAAAAGCCUCAUCUCUCCCUCCAAAAGACACCUGAUUUCUCCCAAGACACCACCUCACUGGGUCGAGGACCAGAAAAGUCUUCUCCAGAUGCUGUGUCAGCAAGUUGAAGCCCUCAAGAAUGAGGUCCAUGAUCUGAGACACAACUCUUCAGGGAACGCAGGUUCCCCUCAUCACAAAAUGUAUGGAGAGAGCUAUGGAGCCGAGGGUCUACAGGAGCCUUUUACCCCAGUUCAGUCUUAUCAUGGGGCCCCCCUAACAGUUGCCACAACAGGCCCCUCUGUGUACUACAACCAAUCUCCUGCUUAUAACUCUCAGUAUCUCCUGCACACAGCAGCAAAUGUAACCCCCACCAAGGGCCCAAUGUAUGGUAUGAACCGUAUGCCACCUCAGCAGCACAUGUAUGCCUACCAGCAGCCCACUCAUACACCUCCAUUGCAAACAGCCCCAGCCUGCAUUUACCCUCCUCAAGAACAGGUCUUUGGUGCCCCUCUUCGGUUUGAAUCGCCAGCCACAAGCCUACUUUCCCCAUAUAGUGAGGAAUAUUAUGGCCAGAGUGUAACCCAACAAACGACUAACCCUCCCCUGCCUGAACCUGGCUACUUUACCAAGCCGUCUGUAGUCCCCGUUCAGCCACCAAAGAGCAUCGAGGGCAAGCCUGGGAAGCUCUCCUUCAGCCAGCAGGCACCUGCUGAAGUCCCCAAAGUGCCUAGUUUUGGAGCAGGGGCAGUUGCUCAGUCAACACCCUCAAAUGCUUUUAAAUUCAACUCCAACUUCAAAUCCAAUGAUGGAGAUUUCACUUUCUCAGCCUCUCAGGCCAAGCACAGCGAAAGUCUGCUUGGUCUUCUUACAUCAGACAUUCCCACUAAAACUGACACCGUUCCAGACAAGCCUGCAGCCCACGAGCAGCCCCAAAGCCAAACAGGCAUCUUCACCUUUGGCAAUAAAAAUAUUUCUGGCUUUUCUUUUGUUGAUUCCACGCAGAACACAGUCAACACUGGAAGUCUAUUUGGAAAGGUGGACCAGCCAUUUAAAUUUGGUGUUGCAAAGUCUGCAGCAGAGGAGGAAAGAGCAGUAGAGAGCGACAAUGACAGCACUCAUGUUGAGGAGGAUGAGGAUGGUCCACACUUUGAACCCAUUGUACCCCUUCCUGAUAAAGUAGAUGUGAAAACAGGUGAGGAGGAAGAGGAGGAAAUGUUUUGCAACAGGGCAAAGCUAUAUCGAUUUGACACAGAAACAAAAGAGUGGAAGGAGCGGGGCAUUGGCAAUGUUAAAAUCCUAAGACACAGCACAAAAGGGAAGGUCCGCCUCUUAAUGAGAAGGGAACAAGUCCUUAAGAUUUGUGCCAAUCACUACAUCACUGCCGAUAUGCUUCUGAAACCGAAUGCCGGCUCAGACAAGUCCUGGGUCUGGAAUGCCAUUGAUUAUGCGGAUGAAGAACCUAAGCCCGAACAGCUGGCCAUCCGCUUCAAAACAGUAGAUGAAGCAUCACUAUUUAAAGCUAAAUUCGAGGAAGCCCAGAAAAUUGUGCUCAAAUCCCCAGAAAAGGACAAACGACAGGAGGAGAAAGAGGAAACUGUAAAAGUUCCUGAAUCACUGGCAGCCCAGUUUGCAGCCAAAGCAGGGGAAUGGGACUGCACUGUGUGCUAUGUAAGAAAUAAACCCACGGAUAUGCAGUGUGCCGCUUGUCAAACUGCCAAUCCCAACGCUUCAUCCAAGCCAGAUAUUCAGGCUACUGGUGAAACCAAAGCCAGUCCUUUUACUUUCAAAUUUGGAACUGAUGCGUCAAAACCCAGUAGUUCUGGCUCUACGUUUACUGGAUUUGGUGCUUUUGGAGCUUCUAUACCUUCGUCAUUUACAUUUGGCACCAGUGCCUCAAAGCCUGCUGACACAGUGACCAGUGCAUUUGGUUCUGGCUUUGGGGCUCAGUUUGGCAAGAAGCCAGGGCAAUGGGACUGUAACACAUGUUAUACAAGAAAUGAGUCCUCUGCAGACAGCUGUAUUUCUUGUAACGGUCUUAAAGCAGGCCCUAAAACAACUGUGACGGCACAAACGGCACCAGCUGCUCAUGUACCUGAUGCACCCUCUGUAUCUGCUGUUGAUUCUGGGUUUGGUGCCCAGUUUGCCAAGAAGCCGGGGCAGUGGGACUGUGAUACAUGCGCACUGAGAAAUGAAGCCUCUGCUGACAAAUGUGUUGCCUGUCAAACCCCCAACCCUGCAGCUAAAUCAACAGAGAAGGUUCCCGUGGCAUCAAAUCAGCCUGCAGUGUCAGGAUUUGGGGCAGAUUUUGUAAAAAAGGAUGGCAUGUGGGACUGCAAUGCCUGCCUGGUCAGAAAUGAUGCAACAGCUGUUGAAUGUGUUUCCUGUCAUGCACAACGUGACACUUUAGGAGCCAUGUUUGCCAAGAAGGCUGGAGAAUGGGAUUGUGACACUUGUCUGGUGAGAAACGAUGCCUCUGCCAAUCAGUGUGUGUCCUGUCAGACACCAAAUCCAAAUGCUAAAAGCACAACUAGCACUGCUCCCUCAGCCUCUUCAUUUAGCUUUAGCUUUGGAACAAAGAAUUCAUCAAGCCAGCCUACCGCAACUGGAUUCACAAUGCCUUUUGAAACUGGAAGCGGUUUUCAGUUUGGUCAAAGCAAAGAUAAAAGCUCAGCGGCCUCUUUCAAGUUUGAAGCUCCUCAGUCUGGAUCUAAUACCACAAGUUCUUCACCCUUCUCUUUCUCAAUGCCCAUUCCAGCUGGUGGCUUCAAGUUUGGCAUUCAGGAGCCUGCAAAAGAAACCCCCUCAACUGAUACUCAAGCACCUCCAUCAGGGUCAGCUUCCAGUUUUCUGAAAAGCAUAGCUGACAAACACAAGGAGAAAGAAAAUGUGCCCACACCCUCCGUGGCCCAAACAGAAGAAGAUCAAAAUCCAAUAAUUGCUGUUAAACCCAAUACAUUCAGCUUUGCAGACUUGGCAAAGUCCUCUGGAGGAGAUUUCCAGUUUGGCCAGAGUGACCCAAAUUUCAAAGGUUUUUCUAGAGCCGGUGAGCAGUUGUUCUCAUCAUUAGAGGCAACCCCCACCAAGAAGGAUGCCUCAAAUGAGCCGGAGGACGAUGACAUGUACAAAACGGAGGAAAAUGACGACAUUCAGUUUGAACCAGUGGUCCAGAUGCCUGAGAAGGUGGACUUAGUAACAGGGGAGGAGGAUGAACAAGUGCUUUAUUCUCAGCGUGUCAAACUGUUCAGAUUUGACUCAGGCACCAGUCAGUGGAAAGAGCGUGGUGUGGGAGUUCUUAAAUUCCUGAAGAACAGCACCAAUGGCAGGCUAAGGGUGCUGAUGAGAAGAGAGCAAGUUCUGAAGGUGUGCGCCAACCACUGGAUCACCACCACCAUGAAUCUGAAGCCCCUGGCAGGCUCAGACAAGGCAUGGAUAUGGUUGGCCAAUGACUUCUCUGAUGGCGAUGCUAAACUUGAACAGCUGGCUGCAAAGUUUAAAAGCCCAGAGCUUGCUGAGGAGUUUAAGCAGAAGUUCGAAGAGUGUCAAAGACUUCUCUUGGACAUCCCCCUACAAACCCCCCACAAGCUUGUUGACUCAGGCAGAACAGCACGCCUCAUACAGAAAGCAGAGGAAAUGAAGUCUGGUUUGAAAGACCUGAAAUUCUUUUUGACGGAUGAGAAAACUAAGAUCAAAGAUGAUGACAGCCAGGCAGACAUUACAAGCAAUGUUUCAAGCCUUGUAAUCAAGCCACACGGUGAGACCACCGGCCCCACCUUGGAGUGGGAUAACUACGACUUAAGAGAAGAGGCUUUAGAUGACACUGCCGACUCAUCAGUUUAUGCAUCUCCCAUUGCCAGUAGUCCACUGAGGAAAAACCUUUUCCGUUUUGGAGAAUCCACUGGCGGCUUCAGCUUCAGCUUCCAACCAGGCAUCAGCCCCUCCAAGUCUCCUGCUAAGCUAAACCAGAGUAGGGCCUCAGUGGGCACUGAUGAUGAGCAGGAUGUAACCCAGGAUGAGGAGAGGGAUGGCCAGUACUUUGAACCUGUAGUCCCCUUGCCUGACCUGGUGGAGAUUUCUACAGGAGAGGAGAAUGAACAGGUGGUCUUCAGUCACAGGGCCAAAUUGUAUCGCUAUGAUAAGGCUCUGGGUCAGUGGAAGGAAAGGGGCAUCGGAGACCUCAAGAUCUUGCAGAAUUAUGACACCAAACGAGUCAGGUUGAUAAUGAGGAGAGACCAGGUCCUUAAGAUAUGUGCCAACCACUGGAUCACAUCUGUCAUGAAGCUUGAACCUAUGAAGGGUGCCGAAAAGGCCUGGGUCUGGAGUGCCUUUGACUUUGCUGAAGCAGGAGAGGGUAAUAUUGAGCAGCUGGCUGUGAGAUUCAAGUUGCAGGACACUGCAAACACAUUCAAACAAGUCUUUGAAGAGGCCAAAGUUGCACAAGAAAACAAGAAACUGAUGACUCCAGUGACACCUCGGGUCACCACACCCCAAGACAGUGGACCCACAGGAUCUGCUCAGACUGCUCCAACUGUAUGUGGAAAGGCAGCCAUCGCUGUUCUUGAAGAGACCACAAAGGAACGCACAGAGCUUUCCACCGAUGGUAAGCCAUGUGCAGCUGGGUCUCCGAGUCCAGCCAACCCAACCCAACCCAAGACAGUAGUGUCACCCCCAAAGUUUGUCUUUGGCUCUGAUAGCCUUCAGAGGUUUUUUGGUUCUCCAAAAUCUCACUCUGAGUCUGAGGAGUCUGCAUCCAGCUUGAAAGCCAAAGAUUCUGGACGUCCUGCCAAGGCUUCACCUGCAGCGCCUGCAUUCAAAAUCCCAGAGAGAGGGCUGGAUUUUAGGCUUUUCAAAGAUAACCCAAUGGCUUUUUGGACCAGCACAUCAACCACCCAAUUUGAACCCCCAGGGCCGCCUCAGACAGAAGGAGGCAGUGCAGGGUCGGAUGAGGACUCAGAGGUGGAGGUUGUGUAUGUCAGGGAGCCCACUGCUGAACAGGCAGCUUUAGCCAGAAAACUCCUGCUGCCUCUCACAUUCUUUUGCUACAAGAAUGAACCGGGCUACACAAGCAACGAUGAAACUGAUGAUGAGGACUACGAGUCAGCAGUAAGAGCCUUGAAUGGAAAGCUCUACCUUGAUCCUCCCGAGAAAAAGGCUGCAGCAUGUGGUGGUGAUGAGUCAGACUGUCAAGUUGUGUGGGAGAAGAAGCCGACGCCAGAGGAGGAGGAGAAGGCCAAAAGCCUUCAGCUUCCACCCACCUUCUUCUGCGGCCUGAGCACCACAGACAGCGACCCGGAUCACGACAAGCCCGAAGACUUUGAGACAGAAGUCCGCAAGGCACAGCAAGACCUGGAUGCUCAGUUAAAUCAAGCUGACAAGGCCUCCAGCAGCGAUGCAACAGCCACAGAGGAGCCAACGUCGAGCCUGGCAUCAGGUAGCGCAGACGCUGAUGGCAGCGUAGAAGCUGAAGGUAGCACAUCUACAUCGAAAGAGCAGACCUCAGACCAGCCAGCAGAGACUCCGAGUGAAGCUCCCAGGAGCAGCUCUCCCAUUGACCUGUCAACAAAAAAGUGCCCAGAGCCAGAGUCCAACUUUGGGACUGCAGCUGCAGCACCUACUGCUACGACUGCAGCAGGGCUUACUGUUACCACGGCGGCGUCUACUGCCACAACAGCUUUUACAGCUACAGCGCCUUUCACAGCCAUGACAGCGGCGUCCACUGCUACAACAGCUUUUACAGCUACAACAGCUUUCACUGCUACUACAACCGCUAGUCAAGACACCUCCAACUUUGGCUUCAACGCAUCAGGAGGCUUCUCUUUUGCUGACCUGGCCCAAAACACAGAAGGAUUUGCAUUUGGAUCUAAAGACUCCAACUUUUCAUGGGCAAACGCUGGAGCGACAGUGUUUGGGUCGGCUGUGGCCUCUGCACCAAAAAACAACGGCAAUGAGGAGGGCAGUGAUGAAGAAGACGCUCCUAAUAAUGUGGACAUUCACUUUGAGCCAAUAGUGUCCCUACCAGAGGUAGAGACAAAGUCCGGAGAAGAGGACGAGGAGAUCCUGUUCAAGGAACGUGCCAAGCUGUACCGAUGGGACCGGGACCUCGGCCAGUGGAAGGAGCGUGGCAUCGGUGAUAUUAAGAUCCUCUUCCAUCCAGUCAAACGUUUCUAUAGAAUCCUGAUGAGAAGAGAGCAGGUGCUGAGGGUUUGCGCCAACCACACAAUCUCACCGACGAUGGAACUCCAACCCAUGAACGCCUCGGCCAACGCACUCAUCUGGACGGCCACCGACUACUCAGACGGCACCGGCGUCGUGGAGCAGCUGGCGGCCAAGUUUAAAACCCCAGAGAUAGCCGAAUCCUUCAAGAAGACUUUCUGCGGGUGUCAGAGCCGAAUUGGCAACACUGGUGACGAUGCCUCAUCUAGUUUCACACAACAGAUGUCCAGAGUUCAAGAGCACUCCAGAGACACUAACCCGCGGGUGUUCCUCAAAGUGGCAGCCGAUGGCGAAACACUGGGCACGAUCACCAUCGAGCUUUUCUCCCAUAUUGUCCCCAAAACUGCAGAGAACUUCAGAGCUCUCUGCACCGGCGAGAAAGGCUUCGGGCUUCUGAACUCCAUCUUCCACAGAGUCAUACCAUCCUUCAUGUGUCAGGGUGGUGACAUCACCAACAGUGACGGCACAGGAGGCAAGUCCAUCUACGGCAGCCAAUUUGAGGAUGAGAACUUUGACGUUCGUCACACAGGCCCGGGCAUCCUGUCUAUGGCCAAUCGUGGGCGCGACACCAACAACUCGCAGUUCUUCAUCACCUUGAAGAAAGCCGAACACCUGGACUUCAAACACGUGGCUUUCGGCUGGGUUCUGAACGGCAUGGAUGUGGUUCUGCAGAUGGGAGAGCUGGGCACAAAGGGAGGACCGCCCACGAAGAAGCUUGUCGUCACAGACUGUGGACAACUCUGACUUUUUUAAAUGUUAAGAUCAAGAUUCACAGCUUGGUUUAGGUUAUAAAGACUUUGGAUAAUGAUGCGUUCCCCGUGCAGUGCAUACUUUCCUGAUUAUACUGAGUCCAUAGUCAUUAGACAGCUGAGAAUCAAACACUGAUCACACAGGCCUAUUGAUCAAUCAUAAUAGAAAUUGGCUACAGUAGCCUGAGAUUAGAAAAUAUUUUGCUAUCCUCUAACAGUCACAGAUGGGAAACAUGGAGUAGUAUGCGGGAGGAGACAAAUAUAGUACACUUCUUCUGUGUUGCACUUGCAUCUUCAUCAUCGUCUGUCAAUAAAUUCUGUUUAUUUUGUGUACAUAAUUGUAUAUGAACUACUUUUUUAAUGUUUUUUGUCUUGCAUGUGCUCAAUUUGAAUGUUCUGGUCGUCUUCAUAAGCUCCACUCGGGUAUUUUUUUUUCUCCCCUUUUUUCUUUUGAAGUCUUAACUAUAAUUGAAAGGUGAGGCUGUUCUUUGAAUGCACUUGUUGGUUUAUAACUGUGCCCCUGCCUUCACUCCAAAUGCUGCCUCUGUGUACUGUUUACCGUAGGGCUCCCCCAGUGUUUUUUUUUUUUCUUUCUUUCUUUGUGUAUGUGGAUUUCACAGGUGAAUUGGACUUCAUACUUUCUCAGAAACUCGAGUCAUCUCACUGUGUGGCUAGAUGAUGACGUUCCAUCUGUUUUGAAUUUUACCAGGCGAUCCUCCAGAAUUUGAGAUUAUUAUUACAUCGCUGAAGUGAAAAAAUAAUAUGCUGAUAAAGGAGAAAUAAAGUUUGCUUCACAAGUAA